CAAGCGCUGCGAUGCCGCAUCAAACGUAGCAACUAUAGGUUAAAUCCUCGUAUUCUUUUUUGUUGUUUUUCUCGCGUUGCCUCCUGAUCCCGCCUUCAAAAGUACAGGCGGACCAAUCGGCGUAUAUGAACCUGCAACAACCGGGCUCGAGGUCGGAAAGCCUCGACGUCAUACGAUCACGAAGAACCACCACGACAAGAAGCUACAGCUAGAUACCAGUCGACGUUUGUCAACAGAUCAGCGCUCUUAAUUUAAAUCGACUUAUAAUUGCGGCUUUUAAUCGUCGCUUUUUUUUUAAUUACUGUGAUCAUAUUAGAGACUCUUCAUUUGUUAGUGGCAAUCAUCUAGAGCUUUAGUCAAAAAUAAACUUUUUGCUAAAUUCAUUUUGGACUAUUGAUAUUAAUAAUCAAUUAUAUACAUGAAAAUUGGAAAUAGUGAAGAAUUGUAGACUUUUUGAUCAGUGAAUUAUAAAAAGUGACUUUUAUUUAUUAUAACGUUGGUGGAAAGAACCAUGAAUGGAACUGCAACAUCAAUCACAAGCUCUGAUGAUCAACAGCUUCAAAGACAAUCGUCGCAAAAUGAUGCUAGUUCUGAUCACCCUAGAAGUCCUGCUAGUCCUCUAAGUGUUCGUCAUGAUUCUGGUGAAUCAAGUAUAAUAUCACCAGGGCUUCCAGAACGUUACAGUCCUCUAGGUACUGCGGGACCAACAUCAAAUCAUGAUCCAUAUACGUCUCGUUCACUUCAAGAAUGUUCAGCUCCUUUAUGUCGCGGCAUACCAACGGAUUUUCCACUUGCACGUUCGCCUUAUAUAUCUAGUCUAAGUAAUGGCCAUCCUCAUCUAUUACAAGUGCAACAACAACAACAGCAACCACAACAGCAUCAUCAACAUCACCACCAUCAACAACAUCAACAGCCUCAGCAGCUCCAACAAUCACCUCACCAAUUACAGCAACAGCCUCAGCACAGCAGCAAACCGGGACGCAGUUUAGGUCUUAUCUGCAUUGUUUGUGGUGAUACAAGCUCAGGCAAGCACUAUGGAAUUCUUGCUUGCAAUGGCUGCAGUGGGUUCUUCAAGAGGAGUGUUAGGAGGAAAUUAAUUUACCGAUGUCAAGCUGGUACUGGAAGAUGUAUCGUAGAUAAAGCACACCGGAAUCAAUGUCAAGCUUGCCGGCUCAAAAAGUGCAUGCAAAUGGGUAUGAACAAAGAUGCCAUACAACUUACUCGUGCUGCAUGGAAGGAUUACCAGAUGAUGAUGACUAAUCAAGAGGAAACUCCUUGGAUUGUUGCAGCCGUGCAGAACGAAAGACAACCGAGAAAUACAGCGACCAUUAGACCAGAGGCUCUUGUAGAAAUGGACCAAGAGAGGGCGUUGAGAGAGGCUGCCGUUGCUGUUGGAGUAUUUGGACCACCAGUGACAUUAGCAAUGGCACGAUAUGCAACCCCAAUGCCUCUAUCUGCAAUAGCACCAACAACCAACUCAGCAGCUGUUCCAACACCUCCAGCUCAUCAAGAUCCAGAAGAUGGAAAUGCUUCAGAAGAUAGUAUAGAUGUUACCAAUGAAGAGCCUACGACCCUGCAAAGAAAUAUUUGCUCUCAACUGCCACCUGUUAUGUCUUCUUUAUAUUCACCAGCAAAUGUAGAAACAGUGUACGAAACUAGUGCUAGACUCCUUUUCAUGGCUGUGAAAUGGGCGAAGAAUCUUCCUUCCUUUGCUAGUUUACCAUUUCGUGAUCAAGUUAUUUUAUUAGAAGAAGCCUGGUCUGAACUGUUCCUCCUCAAUGCAGUUCAGUGGUGUCUUCCUCUUGAAUCUUCAUCGUUGUUUAACGCAGCUGAACUCACAGCACUCACUUUAUCGCCUAAUCAUCCUCACUCGGGAAUGCACAUGCCUAAUGAUGCAGCUGAUAAACCUAGCCAAGUUGCAGCAGACAUUCGAUAUCUACAUGAUACUCUUCAGCGAUUUAAAGCAGUCAUGGUUGAUCCUGCCGAGUUUGCUUGCAUGAAGGCAAUUGUUUUAUUUAGACCAGAAACACGUGGACUCAAGGAUUCUAGUCAAAUAGAAAAUCUUCAGGAUCAGGCUCAAGUGAUGUUGGGUCAGCAUGCACGAGCACAACAACCAGCGUGUCCAACAAGAUUUGGAAGACUUUUACUUCUGUUGUCACUAUUAAGAACAGUACCGGCUUCACGAGUUGAAUUGAUUUAUUUUCAUCGAACAAUUGGCAAUACUCGAAUGGAAAAAGUGUUAUGUGAUAUGUACAAAAAUUAAUUAUUCGUACUUAAAUAUUAUGAUAUAUAUAUAUAUAAAUACAUAGGAUUAUAUAUAUAUUAAAAAGUGCAUAUACAUAUAUAUAUAUAAAUAUAUAUUAUAUGAUAAUGAUAAUUAUAAUGAAAAAUUUACGUGGUAUAGAGAAAAGAUAUAUACUAAUAAAAUGAUAAACUUAUUACUGAUAUUUCUUAGUAAUAAAAGUGAAUAUAAAUAUAAUCAGAGAGUGUGAAAUCUGUGACAAUUCUUUUCUUUAGAGUCAUUUUUCUGAGAAAGAAUUCAAAUCAAAAAUGAUUUAACACUCGACAAUUUACAAUUGUUUAUUAUGAUGUCACUAUGUUACUGUAUACUUCUAAUACAAAACAAUAAGAUAAAAACAGAUAAUAAAAAAA